UUUAAUUGUGUGUUUGUUUAAAUGCGAAAAAAAGAAAAAUUAUAUAUGUACGAGAAGAAAUCUAAUUGAAAAUCUUUGAAAACGUCGCCGCCUGCUCCAUGUUUGUGUUCUAAAUAUAAAAAACAAAUCGCCUGAAACAAAAAGAAAAAAACAACAUAAUAUCCAAAGAAAUUGCACACACACAAAGCAUCUUAAAUCCCUAAAAAAAAGAUAAGAAAAGAAAAGCGAGAAUAGUUUAUAAAUAUAUUUGGAAAAAGUCCUGCAAACGCAGUCUACUCGUGUGUGUGUGUGUGAGUGAGUGAGUGCAAGUGUGUGCGUCCAUGUGAAGGUGGCCCUGUUUUGGGGCUAAUUAUAAUAGCUGAUCGUCUAGCUGAAGCUGUGUGUACAGCAGCAUGGAAGUUACACCGGGAACAGCAGCCGACGUCGCAGUAGAACCUCCUGGUCAUCAAGAUAUGCCACAUAGUGCACCGCGUAUUACGUUCAGUGACAACUCCAGCACGCUUAUACGCUGCAUACCCAACGAGCGUGCGACGUUCUUUGUGAAAAUCGAUUGCGAUGAGGACGAUGAGGCCGAACUGCUGCCCUUCAAAUUCGAGUGGAACCGCAACGAUAUACCCAUCGAGAAUUCCGAUCGCUUUCGCAUCACAAACACGAGCAAUGCCGUCCAGCUGGCCGUGGAGCAUGUGCAGCGCGAGGAUGCCGGACACUAUACGCUAAUUGCUCGCACGAAGAGCGAUGCCAUUGUGCGCAAGCAGGUUGAACUCAUUGUGGAGGACAGAUCAACGGGCGAGGAUCCACCCGUAUUUCUACGACGCCUCGUCGAUCUCUCUGUCAAAGUGGGAACACGCACGCGUCUCCUCACCGAAAUACGCAGCUCCACAGAUCUGAAGCUUACCUGGUACCGCAAUGAUCGAAGGAUUUGCGAAAACGAUCGUAUUAUAGAAACGAAUGAGGGCACAUUUCACUAUCUGGAAGUGAGUCCAGUCAUCCUCGAGGAUGGCGGCCAAUGGAUGUUAAUGGCCGAAAACUUGGGCGGUCGCAAUUCCUGUUUGGCCAACCUAAGUGUGCUCGUGCCAAAGGCCUACAAGACUCCCGAGUUUGUGGAGGAUCUGCGAGCGGUGCUCACCGAACAGGGCACCGUGUCGCUGGAGUGCAAGGUUGUGGGCGUGCCGACGCCCAUGUUGCGUUGGUUCAAGGAUUCCAAGGAGAUUAAGGCCGGCGAUAUUUUUGCGCUAACAGCGAAUGCCGAUGAUCCCACCUCGUUGGGCACGUACACAUGCGAGGCCAAGAACUGCAUGGGCGUCACCUAUUCCAGCUCCAAGGUGCAUGUCGUGGGUCGUGGCAGUCGCGAGGGUUCGUUGAAACCAGCUGACAAUGUUAGCAAUAAUGCGCCGCCGCCGAUAUUUACGAACGAGCUGAAAGAUGUGAGCGUUCGCAUUGGCGAUACCAUCAUGCUCGGCUGUCAAGUUGUCGUGCCACCUUGGCCCAAGAGCGUCACCUGGUACAACAAGGAUGGACGUGUGGACACCGCUGAACGCUACAAGCUUAUUGAGGAUGGCCUUGGCGUCUAUAUGAUUGAGAUUAAGCCAUCGGAAUCGUGCGAUGCCGGCGACUGGAAGUGUGUGGUCAGCAGCUUUGAGGGCUGCGUGGGCAUCUCGUCUUCUGUGGUCAACAUGGACAUUCCCCGCAACUAUCGCAAGCCCCGCUUUAUGGAGAGUCUGCGCGCGGUGCUCACCGAGGAGGGAUUGGUCUCCUUUGAGUGCAAAGUCGUUGGUUUUCCUACCCCUGUGCUCAAGUGGUUCAAGGAUGGCCACGAACUGAAGCCGGGCGAUGUGUAUCAAUUAACUGGCACCAAUUCGCUGGGUACCUAUUGCUGCAUUGCACGCAACUGCAUGGGAGAGACGAGCAGCACAGCUGUGUUGACCAUGGAGGACAUACAGAAUCAGCUGACGGACGAGGAGCGAUUGGUGUUUACACAUCAGAAUCAAGCACCCAAGUUCCUAACGGGCUUGAAGAGCACCGAUGCGAAGAUCAACGAACCAUUUCAAUUUAAAGUAGUUGUCAAGGCUACGCCAGAUCCAAUCUUAACCUGGUUCCGCGACGAACUUCCGAUUGAUCCCAACGAACGCUAUAAUCAUUAUCGUGGCGAGCAGGACGAGUGGCAAAUGGACAUCAAGAGUGUGGAGUUUAUCGACCAGGCGGAAUGGAAGUGUGUGGCCGUCAAUGAUUUUGGCACCAGCAUCACGUCGUGCUUCCUCAAACUGCAAAUCCCACGGCACUAUAAGAAACCAAGGUUUCUUGAAUGCCUGCGUGCCGUGCUCACCGAGGAGGGCGCCGUCAAUCUAGAGUGCAAGGUCAUUGGUGUGCCACAGCCUGUGCUCAAGUGGUACAAGGACGGCGUUGAGCUCAAGCCUGGUGACAUACAUCGCAUCAUCUCGGGGCAGGAUGGCACCUGCUGCCUCGGCACAUACACGUGCGAGGCGAGGAACUGCAUGGGCGUUGUGGCUAGCUCUGCUUCGCUGCUGGGCUUCGAGGACGCACAGCGCACUGCAAAACAAGAGCAACCGCGUGAAAAUGAACUACAAAGGAACUACUCGCUGUCCACCAUACAGGAGGAGCGAACGUCGCAGAUGUACGAGACGCCAGUUGGAGACAUCACAAUCGAUGAAAAGGGCGACGUCUCUUUCUCUUUCGAUGGCAAAGAGGUCUCUGUUUCCCUCUACGAAACUCCAGAUCUUACAGAGGAAGAAGCGCUGAAAAUUGUCGAAAUGUAUGCCGAUCAGAUAUCCGAGCAUGUCACAGAGCACAACAUCGUGGAGCUGCCACCGCUGCGUUUCGUCAAGGAGACUUCGCAGUCUGGCAAGCUGCUCAUGGAAGCAGUGGUCAUUGACAUAUCCCCCGAGUAUUUUACCCAUGACGAGGACAUGCGCACCGAGGCUGAUAUGGAUGAUAUCUCUAUCACGGAGAUCACAGUGCAUGGCUCAUCGGGUAGGGAAGGCGUCUUCGAUCGAGCAGCCGAGCAGUAUGCACAGCAAUCCUUUGAGAAGAUGGAGGAAGAGCUAUCCCUUUCGGCGCCUAUUCGGAAGCGAAAACAGUCGCGCCCUACUGAAACUGAAGAGUUCUUUAGUCUUUCCAAAGCUACGGGAUCAAUCAAAAGUGAAGUGGAUGCCGAUGAAGAAACCUCUGACCUGCAAACCUUUGCCAGCGCUCAGAUGUCCGCUUCGCAAAAAACAGCUACAGCUCAAUCUGCAGCUGAAGUCGAAGGUGCAGUUGCUGCGCCGCCUAAGCGUAAAAAGUCCAAGAAGCCCACCGAUAACAGCGACUCUUCUAAGACAACCGAAGAUGAGGCAAGGUUGCUGGACAUUUCCGGUGCAGUGGGCGAUGGACUUCUAGUAACGCCCAGCUCACAUCUGAAAGCAGUUACGGAUGAAGUGGAAAUCAACAAAAAUCUUAUUGCUUUGGUGCCGUUGGCUAAGUUACUGAGAACUAUAGACAAUCAUCUGUCCGUUGUGGAGAACGAGGUGCUGGAACAGUCCACCAUGAUGAUGACUCCAGCGGCGGCAGAUCAGAGCAUUGCCAUUCUCCGAAAUAUUCUUGAGCCCAUCAAACAGAUCGAGAGCAAGCUGCGUGUCUACUCGGGUGAGAAUCAAAUCGAUGCCCUCAUCCAAUCAAUGGAUGAUGACAUUAAGAAAUUGCAUCUGGGCCUGCAGGUGAUUGAGAAGUGUGUGGAGAUCGACGAAACUGGCGUCACGCUGAUUCAGCGCACGAGUGUCUGCAUUAUUGACAGCGUUGCCGAACACAUGAAGCGUGCCCUCGAGGAACUGAAGCUGGUCAGCGAGAAGUUUGAGUCGGAACACUUGCGUUCGCAGAUUCGUCUGACUGCUGAGGAUAUACAGCAGGGACUGGAGAUUACCCAGGGCACAAUUCGGUCGCAAACGCUACUGCAGGAGGCACAGGAGCUAGAAGCAGCCAAGCAUUUCUCCGACGCCGUCGAGAAGAUGCAGGAUGUGCCCGAGAGUGUGUCCUUUGCCACCAUCUCGGAAGCAAAUCUGCCGAGUGAAGCCAGCGCCUUGAAGGACAUCUGUCAACCUGUAGCCAAAAUACAAGAGGCGCUGGAACGCGUCGAAAUGGAGCUUUCUCUGGAGGAGAGCGAGGAACAGAUUUACAAGAAGGUACACAAGAAAGUCCUUGACAGCAUUGUGGAGCCCAUUAAGGAGCUGCAAUCAACUCUGCAGUCCAUUGAGGACAAGACCGAAUCGUUGGCUGGGGCAGAGUCCAUGGAGCAGAAGAUUAACAUGGCCAUAUUGGAUAUAGUCACCCCACCGCUCUUUGAGCUGAACAAGGGUCUGGAGCUUAUUGUGAACGAGACGUCGGAUAGCGUGGAAGCGGGAAUGUUUACGGUGCAGACGGUGGAAUCGAUGGUGCCGCCACUGCAGGAGAUACAGAAUGGUCUCGCUCAAUUGAGCCAGGACCUGGAGACGGGACAUACGGAGCGUGCCGAGGAAGCUACCUUGGAUCAUGCCGACACACAAAAGCUGCUGCAGUCAAUUGCACAAGCUGUACUGCAUUUUGAGACAAACAUCGAACGCAUUUCAAAUCGUCUAACGGACAACGUCAAGAUUCGUUUGCAGAAUCUCAAGGAUGAACUGUCCGCUCUCAUUGGCACCAUUUUGGACAAGGAUAUUACACGGCAUCAUGUGCAAUUGCUCGAAAGACUAAAACGUCCCAUCGAUGAGCUCAACUAUUGCAUACGCCAGACGGAAGUAAAGUCGACGUCCGGUUCGCUGGCCGAUCUUAUUGAGCCGCUCAGCCUGCUGCAGGAGAGCACUCAGAAGGGACAUGGAGUGCUGCUCGCCUCACGGGAACGUGAACCAGAUAAGCAAGCACUGCAAUCCCUGGAAAACAUACGUAAUAUUAUACGCAAUGCUAUCAUCGAUAUUGAAGAGCACGAGUUCAAGAUGCUGCAACAGGAGAUUCAACAGGAUGAACAACAUGCGGCGCAGCAGGAUAAAUCCUUUAGUGCAUUACGCAAAGUGCUCGAGACGAAGGUUUCUCUAGAGGAGGCCAUCGAUAGCAUUGAGACGCUGCAGCUGGCCUUGAUUCGCAUCAAUGACAAUCCCAAAGCGACGGCUAAAACUAGAUCAUCGGCAAACGAAGCGCAAGUUGCGCUGCUUCGCAUUAUGCAGAUUGCCAAGGGUUUGGCUACCUUCAGCGAAACAGAGACGACUCUCAAUAUCAAUGAGGCGAACACGACACGCAUUCUCUACGAGAUGGGAAAGAGCUUUGCUGAUCUAGCCAAGACACUGGACAAUCCAGCAGCUGAGCUUAGCGAGUACAACGAUGUACUGAGCAACUUUAAUGAUAUGCUCGCUCAGCAGCGCGAUGCUCUCGAGGGCCAACUCAACUGGAAUACGCUGGCGAUUGCCAGUCCACUUACCAGCUUCAUUCAAGCACUUGGACAUCUGCAGCCACUAAAAGCAUCGAGCGAAGAUUUGUCCACGCUGGACGACGUUUCCGUUCUUAAGUCCCUGGCUGAAUCGUUGCCCAUGGAACCAGAGGUCCACUCGGAAGAGGAAAAGCAAGCAUCGGAAGCCAUCAAGAAACCAGCGGAAGUUCUAUUGGCUGAUCUUAACCAUGGGAUUGCCUCGGUGUUGUUGCAUUGCGAGGACCUCGACGUGACCUCCUUGCGACCGGAUGAAGGCGAAUCACUUCAAGCUGCCAUACUCAAAAUGCACGAGCUGCAGAACAGCAUUGCCCUGGUGCAGGAGACAAGCACAGUGGAAGCUGUUCAUUCGAUUUCCGAGGGCACUGAUCCGGGCACUUUUGCCGCUGCCAUCUGCAGCCUGGAGCGCUGUGUACUCGAGGUGGAAGAGUGUAUUGCGCAUAGUGGCGCUGAAAGUUUAACCGAUCUAGAGCUGUCCAAGUUGAAGACUUUGGCAACGCCCUUGCGAGAUUUGAGGCAUUAUUGCGAGCAAAUCGAACCGCAGGCGCUGGAACAUGCCCACGAUAUGUCCACGGAUGAUAUAUCCGAGCUAAAGACGACUGGACAUAAACAAACUGUGCAGGAGGCCGUUCAAGAGGCGGCUGUCGUUACAGAUGAGCCGCAAGUGGAAAUCUACGAUGUAAGGCAGGGCGUCGUCAGUGGCAUCAAACAGCUGGAGGCUUGCCUGGAAGUCACCCAAAAGGACAACAACGAGGAGCUAAAACAAGUGGGAGAAAUCAUGCAGCAAUUGAACUCGGAUCUGAAAAAUAUUCAGGAAAUGCUCAGCUCGGACAGCGAUCAACAGCACACGGUGUUGGCUCAGGCGAAGAUCGCUCAAACGAUGUUCAAGUUGAAGGAGAGCUUGGUGCACACCUACGAAUCGGGACUGGUAGAUUCAUUGGAUAAUGUCGAAUCUGCUUUCGAGGAUAUACUGUUAUCGUUGCCUGUGCUGGAGACGCAGCUGGCUCAGGAGAUGUACACGAAGAUCGAGAGAGCCUUCAAGCAAUUUAAUGCCUACUGCCAGCAGCCAGACAUUGCCAACCUUAAUCCAAGCUUUGCUAAGCUGCUGGAUACCAUCAAAGCUGUUGCCGAUUCACCGAACGUAGAUAUAGAUAAAUCAUCCACUUUGAUGAUAAAUCUGCAAACAAGUCUUAUGGCCUCAUUCCGAUCUUUGAACGAGGUUAGCGAAGUGGCGGAAAACAACGAUCUGCUGGGCGGUCUACUCAAGACCCAGAGCAGCUUGGUUGCCGUCUUUGACUUCAUUGAGAAUAAUGAAGGUACAAUUCGUAUCAUUGAAUUGCUACAAGAGAUGGAUGCUAUAUCAGCGGAGCUGAAGAAACUCUCUCUGAUCCCUAAAGAGCCCAAAGUACCAAUUGAUAUUAGCAUUAUUAUUGAGAACGUCUCAUCGGGCAAAGCGUUCUUGACUCAUAUUGAGGAGGGCUUGCAGCAUGAUAAUCCCUUAAGUGUGAUGCUGCUAGAGGAGAACACUGAGGAAUUGGGUCAAUUGGAAUCAACUCUCAUUCAAAUUGAAGAGGAAAUUCUUUCUCAAUCUGAACUCAAUCGGAUUACACCUGCUCAAUUAACACUUAUUGAUACUGUUCAGUUACAAAUCAACAACCUCCAGCAAAAAUUAACUGAGUUGAGUGCUGCUUUACAGGCCCAGCAAGAGGACGAUAUACAAAAAGAGCAACAACAACAGAGUCAGGAGACGAUAGAAUCGUUUAAGUCUGAGCUACAGGGUGUGCAAGAAGAUGUUCAACACCUAGAAGAUACUAAGGAACAACACAAAAUAACUAAGCAGCAGCAGGAAGUUAUCCAACAGCAACAGAUUCAGGAAAAAACAAACGAAGGUUCCCAAAAGAAACUUGACACUAAGGUGAAGAGAAAGUCAGAAGAAGAGGCUAAAGAAAUAGUUAAAAAGAAAUCUAAAGACGAAAUUGAUGCAGGUGUGCAUAAAACAAAGAAGGUAUCACCACAAAUACUUAUUCAGACCUUGACUGAGAAUUUCAAGCAGUUGUCUUCUACUUUAAAAUCCAAGCCAGACAACGAUGAAGCGAAAUCUAUUCUAAGCAAUAGUCAGGAUAUCAUUGACAACUUGCAAGACCCUGAGAAAAUAAUAAAGGGUAUCUUUAAGCUCAGAGAGCACAUUGUUCAUACUUACGAAGGCACAUCUUCAAACGAGCUAGCUGACAAGGAAAUCGUAGAAGCAUUUAUCGAAUCGGUUCUUGAGUUAUGCCCAACUGCCGCGGAGAAUGUGAUUGCCCAUUACCUGAAAGAAAUUAAAACAAAUAUUAAUUUGACUAAAGCCGCAAUCAAACUAAUUGAUGAUACAGAAAUGUUUGCAAAACCUUCAUUACUUCUGCCAAAACUUAUUAAUCUGGAUAACAUUUCGGAAAGUAUCAAAUCUGAUUCACACAUUGAGAAAUCGUCUGAAAAAAUGAUCAAUCUGCAACAAAACUUGAUGGACAUUUUUGUAAUAUUGGAUGAUCUUUUGGACGAUAAGAGCGCUAUACUGAAACCCCUAAUUGAGGACAUAAAAAUCAUUCUUCUUAAUGAAUAUGACUAUAUUGAAAAGAAACAAGAACAAUUAAACACUGCGACAGUGGAAGAAAGGAUUCAUAACAUAACAAAAACAAUGCUAAAUCUUUGCGAACAGUUGCAAAAUCUCAAUAAAGAAUUGGUAAAAGAAAAAAGUGAUGAAGAAUCACUUCUAGGUGUUAAAGAUACUAAACAAAAUAAACAAGAGCCACGAAAUGAACAAGAAGCUGACACAACAGAUCAGAAGAGAGAAGAAUCUGAAGCUGUUGCUGAGAAGGUCAACGAAGAGAAAAUAUCAGUGAAAAAUGAACCAGAAGUCAAAAAACCAGAAACAGAUGCACACAAAGCGAAGCUUUUAUCAAAGGAAUCUGCAGGAGAAAAGAAACUAGAUGGAAAAGAGAAGAAAGCAGCAGAAAAGGAUGCUGAAAAGAAAGCUGAAGUUUCUAAAGUUAUUGCUGAAAAGAUUUCCCAGGAGAAGAUAUCAGAGAAGAAAGAACCAGAAAUCAAGAAAGCUGAAAUAAAGGAAGCAGAAACAGAAGCGCAGAAGGAGCAGCUUUUGUCGAAGGAAUCUGCAGAAGACAAGAAGCUAAAUGAAAUGCAGAAGAAACCAACUGAUUCGGAUGCUGAGAAGAAUGCCCAGAAGGCAGAUGUUUCUGAAGUAGUUGCUGAAAAGAUAUCAAUGAAAAUAGAACAAGAAACAAUGGAAAGUGAAAUAGAAGCACAAAAGGCUAAGCUUUUCUCGAAAGAAGAAAAAGAAGAUAAGAAAGUGGAUGAAAAAGAGAAGAAACAGAUCCAAAAGGAUGGUGCAAAGAAAGGUCAGCAGGAAAAUGAAUCUGGAACUGAACCUGAACAAGUAUUUGAGAUUCCUGAGGCAAAUAAACUUGAGAUUUUAAAUCAGAAAUUCUUAGAUAUUGUCAAAUUGUCGGAGUCACAUACAUCUAACGAAAAUUUGAAAGUUAUUGUUGCGGAGAGUAAAAAUUUACUCGAAAACUCAUCAGAUUCUGAGAAGGUUGCCAAGUCUAUAUUUAAACUUAGAGAACACAUUGUCCAUACAUAUGAUGGUAACGCUCCUAAGGAUGAAAAUGAUAAAGACAUAGUUGAAGCAUUUAUCGAGUCAGUUCUUGAGUUAUAUCCAGCUGCUUCUAAGAAUAUAAUUAACCAUUACUUGAAAGAAAUUAAAGCAAAUAUUAUUUUAACUAAAGCCACAAUAAAACUUAUUGACGACACUGACAUGUUUGCAAAGCCUUCAUUACUUCUGCCAAAAUUAGUUAAUUUAGAGAAGAUUUCGGAGAGCAUCAAAUCUGAUCUCCACAUUGAAAAGUCGUCUGAAAAGAUGAUCCAUUUGCAACAAAACUUGAUGGACAUAUUUGUCAUAUUAGAUGAUCUCUUGGAUGACAAAACAGCUGCACUAAGGCCCAUAAUUGAGGAAAUGAAAACUAUUCUUCUUAAGGAGUAUGACUAUAUUGAGAAGAAACAGGACAAAUUAAACACUGCGACAGUGGAAGAAAAGAUUCAUAACAUAACCAAAACCAUGCUGAAUGUUUGCGAGGAAUUACAAAAGCUGAAUAAGAAUUUGAUAGAGAAAAAAAUUGGCGAAGAACCAACACUUGAUGUAGAAAAUGUUAAGGAAAAGAAACAAGAGCAACAAGAUGAUCUAACUAAAGAUCAUAAGAAAGAAGAAGCUGAAGUGCUUGCCGAGAGACUUUCUGAAGAAAUUCCAGAGGAGAUUAAACUUAAAGUCGAAGAACAUGAAGCAGAAGCGCAGAAAACGAAACUUUUGGAAAAAGAAUCAGAAGAUCAGAAAAAAAUUGAUGAAAAGCAGAAGAAUCAAGCUAAAAAAGAUGCUGAGAAAAAAGGUCAGAAAGCAGACGUUUCUGAAAAUGUCUCCGAGGAAAAAACAUCAGAGAAAAAAGAGCUAGAAACCAAGGAACCAGAUACAGAAGCUCAGAAAGCAAAGCUUUUGACGAAAGAAUCUGCAGAAGAAAAGAAACUAGAUGAAAAGCAGAGGAAACAAGCUGAGAAGGAUGCUGAGAAGAAAGCCCAGAAAGCAGAUGUUUCUGAAGUUGUUGCUGAGAAGGUUUCCGAGGAAAAGAUUUUAGAGAAAAAAGAGACAGAAAUCAAGGAAGCAGAAACAGAAGCACAGAAAGCAAAACUUUUGUCAAAAGAAUCUGCAGAAGAAAAGGAACUAGAUGAAAAGCCGAGGAAACAAGCUGAGAAGGAUGCUGAGAAGAAAGCUCAGAAAGCAGAUGUUUCUGAAGUAGUUGCUGAGAAGGUUUGCGAGGAGACGAUAUCCGAGAAACGACAGAUAGAAAUCAAGGAACCUGAAACAGAAGCACAGAAAGCAAAACUUUUGUCAAAGGAAUCUGCUGAAGAAAAGGAACUAGAUGAAAAGCAGAAGAAACAAGCUGAGAAGGAUGCUGAGAAGAAAGCUCAAAAAGCAGAUGUUUCUGAAAUAGUUGCUGAGAAGGUUUCCGAGGAGACACUAUCAGAGAAAAAACAGACAGAAAUCAAGGAUCCUGAAACAGAAGCCCAGAAAGCAAAGCUUUUGUCAAAGGAAUCUGCAGAAGAAAAGAAACUAGAUGAAAAGCAGAGGAAACAAGCUGAGAAGGAUGCUGAGAAGAAAGCCCAGAAAGCAGAUGUUUCUGAAGUUGUUGCUGAGAAGGUUUCCGAGGAAAAGAUUUUAGAGAAAAAAGAGACAGAAAUCAAGGAAGCAGAAACAGAAGCACAGAAAGCAAAACUUUUGUCAAAGGAAUCUGCAGAAGAAAAGGAACUAGAUGAAAAGCAGAGGAAACAAGCUGAGAAGGAUGCUGAGAAGAAAGCUCAGAAAGCAGAUGUUUCUGAAGAAGUUGCUGAGAAGGUUUGCGAGGAGACGAUAUCCGAGAAACGAGAGAUAGAAAUCAAGGAACCUGAAACAGAAGCCCAGAAAGCAAAACUUUUGUCAAAGGAAUCUGCAGAAGAAAAGAAACUAGAUGAAAAGCAGAGGAAUCAAGCUGAGAAGGAUGCUGAUAAAAAAGCCCAGAAAGCAGAUGUUUCUGAAGUUGUUGCUGAGAAGGUUUCCGAGGAAAAGAUUUUAGAGAAAAAAGAGACAGAAAUCAAGGAAGCAGAAACAGAAGCACAGAAAGCAAAACUUUUGUCAAAGGAAUCUGCAGAAGAAAAGGAACUGGAUGAAAAACAGAAGAAACAAGCUGAGAAUGAUGCUGAAAAGAAAGCUCAGAAAGCAGAUGUUUCUGAAGUAGUUGCUGAGAAGGUUUCCGAGGAGACGAUAUCCGAGAAACGAGAGAUAGAAAUCAAGGAACCUGAAACAGAAGCCCAGAAAGCAAAACUUUUGUCAAAGGAAUCUGCAGAAAAAAAGAAACUAGAUGAAAAGCAGAGGAAACAAGCUGAGAAGGAUGCUGAGAAGAAAGCCCAGAAAGCAGAUGUUUCUGAAGUUGUUGCUGAGAAGGUUUCCGAGGAAGAGAUUUUAGAGAAAAAAGAGACAGAAAUCAAGGAAGCAGAAACAGAAGCACAGAAAGCAAAACUUUUGUCAAAGGAAUCUGCAGAAGAAAAGGAAAUAGAUGAAAGGCAGAAGAAACAAGCUGAGAAGGAUGCUGAGAAGAAAGCCCAAAAAGCAGAUGUUUCUGAAGUAGUUGCUGAAAAGGUCUCCGAGGAGAGGACAUCAAAGAACAAAGAGACAGAAAUCAAGGAACCAGACACAGAAGCUCAGAAAGCAAAGCUUUUGACGAAAGAAUCUGCAGAAGAAAAGAAACUAGAUGAAAAGCAGAGGAAACAAGCUGAGAAGGAUGCUGAGAAGAAAGCCCAAAAAGCAGAUGUUUCUGAAGUUGUUGCUGAAAAGGUCUCUGAGGAGAAGACAUCAGAGAAAAAAGAGACAGAUAUCAAGGAACCAGACACAGAAGCUCAGAAAGCAAAGCUUUUGACGAAAGAAUCUGCAGAAGAAAAGAAACUAGAUGAAAAGCAGAGGAAACAAGCUGAGAAGGAUGCUGAGAAGAAAGCUCAGAAGGCUGAUGUUUCUGAAGUAGUUGCUGAAAAGGUUUCCGAGGAAGAGAUUUUAGAGAAAAAAAAAACAGAAAGCAAAGAAGCAGAAACAGAAGCUCAGAAAGCAAAACUUUUGUCAAAGGAAUCUGCAGAAGACAAGAAACUAGAUGAAAAGCAGAAGAAACAAGUUGAGAAGGAUGUUGAGAAGAAAGCUCAGAAGGCUGAUGUUUCUGAAGUAAUUGCUGAAAAGGUCUCUGAAGAGAAGAUAUCAGAGAAAAAACAGACAGAAAUCAAGGAACCAGACACAGAAGCUCAGAAAGCAAAGCUUUUGACGAAAGAAUCUGCAGAAGAAAAGAAACUAGAUGAAAAGCAGAGGAAACAAGCUGAGAAGGAUGCUGAGAAGAAAGCUCAGAAGGCUGAUGUUUCUGAAGUAGUUGCUGAAAAGGUUUCCGAGGAAGAGAUUUUUGAGAAAAAAGAUACAGAAAGCAAGGAAGCAGAAACAGAAGCUCAGAAAGCAAAACUUUUGUCAAAGGAAUCUGCAGAAGAAAAGAAACUAGAUGAAAAGCAGAAGAAACGAUCUGAGAAGGAUGCUGAGAAAAAAACUCAGAAAGCAGAUGUUUCUGAAGUAAUUGCUGAGGAGGUUUCUGAAGAGAAGAUAUCAGAGAAAAAAGAGACAGAAAUCAAGAAACCAGAUACAGAAGCUCAGAAAGCAAAACUUUCGUCAAAGGAAUCUGCAGAAGAAAAGAAACUAGAUGAAAAGCAGAAGAGACAAACUAGGAAGGAUGUUGAGAAGAAAGCUCAGAAGGCUGAUGUUUCUGAAGUAAUUGCUGAAGAGAAGAUAUCAGAGAAAAAACAGACAGAAAUCAAGGAAGCAGAAAUAGAAGCACAGAAAGCAAAACUUUUGUUAAAGGAAUCUGCAGAAGAAAAGAAACUAGAUGAAAUGCAGAAGAAACAAGCUGAGAAGGAUGCUGAGAAGAAAGCCCAAAAAACAGAUGCUUCUGAAGUAGUUGCUGAGAAGGUCUCCAUAUCAGAAAAAAAAGAACCAGAAAUAGAAGCGCAGAAAGCUAAACGUUCCUCGAAAGAAGAAAAAGGAGAUACGAAAGUGGAUGAAAAAGAGACGAAACAAAUCCAAAAGGAUGGUGCAAAGAAAGCUCAGCAGGAAAAAGAAUCUGGAACUGAAGAGAGAUUUGAGAUUCCUGAGGCAAAUAAACUUGAGAUUUUAAAUCAGAAAAUCUUAGAUAUUGUCAAAUUGUCGGAGUCACAUACAUCUAACGAAAAUUUGAAAGUUAUUGUUGCGGAGAGUAAAAAUUUACUCGAAAACUCAUCAGACUCUGAGAAGGUUGCCAAGUCUAUAUUUAAACUUAGAGAACACAUUGUCCAUAUAUAUGAUGGUAACGCUCCUAAGGAUGAAAAUGAUAAAAACAUAGUUGAAGCAUUUAUCGAGUCAGUUCUUGAGUUAUAUCCAGCUGCUUCUAAGAAUAUAAUUAACCAUUACUUGAAAGAAAUUAAAGCAAAUAUUAUUUUAACUAAAGCCACAAUCAAACUUAUUGACGACACUGACAUGUUUGCAAAGCCUUCAUUACUUCUGCCAAAAUUAGUUAAUUUAGAGAAGAUUUCGGAGAGCAUCAAAUCUGAUCUCCACAUUGAAAAGUCGUCUGAAAAGAUGAUCCAUUUGCAACAAAACUUGAUGGACAUAUUUGUCAUAUUAGAUGAUCUCUUGGAUGACAAAACAGCUGCACUAAGGCCCAUAAUUGAGGAAAUGAAAACUAUUCUUCUUAAGGAGUAUGACUAUAUUGAGAAGAAACAGGACAAAUUAAACACUGCGACAGUGGAAGAAAAGAUUCAUAACAUAACCAAAACCAUGCUGAAUGUUUGCGAGGAAUUACAAAAGCUGAAUAAGAAUUUGAUAGAGAAAAAAAUUGGCGAAGAACCAACACUUGAUGUAGAAAAUGUUAAGGAAAAGAAACAAGAGGAACAAGAUGAUCUAACUAAAGAUCAUAAGAAAGAAGAAGCUGAAGUGCUUGCCGAGAGACUUUCUGAAGAAAUUCCAGAGGAGAUUAAACUUAAAGUCGAAGAACAUGAAGCAGAAGCGCAGAAAACGAAACUUUUGGAGAAAGAAUCAGAUGAUCAGAAAAAAAUUGAUGAAAAGCAGAAGAAUCAAGCUAAAAAAGAUGCUGAGAAAAAAGUUCAGAAAGCAGACGUUUCUGAAAAAGUCUCCGAGGAAAAAACAUCAGAGAACAAAGAGCUAGAAACCAAGGAACCAGAUACAGAAGCUCAGAAAGCAAAGCUUUUGACGAAAGAAUCUGCAGAAGAAAAGAAACUAGAUGAAAAGCAGAGGAAACAAGCUGAGAAGGAUGCUGAGAAGAAAGCUCAGAAAGCUGAUGUUUCUGAAAUAGUUGCUGAGAAGGUUUCCGAGGAGACAAUAUCAGAGAAAAAACAGACAGAAAUCAAGGAACCUGAAACAGAAGCCCAGAAAGUAAAACUUUUGUCAAAGGAAUCUGCAGAAGAAAAGAAACUAGAUGAAAAGCAGAGGAAACAAGCUGAGAAGGAUUCUGAGAAGAAAGCCCAGAAAGCAAAUGUUUCUCAAGUAGCUGCUGAAAAGGUCUCCGAGGAGAAGACAUCAGAGAAAAAAGAGACAGAAAUCAAGAAACCAGACACAGAAGCUCAGAAAGCAAAGCUUUUGACGAAAGAAUCUGGAGAAGAAAAGAAACUAGAUGAAAAGCAGAGGAAACAAACUGAGAAGGAUGCUGAGAAGAAAGCUCAGAAGGCAGAUGUUUCUGAAGUAGUUGCUGAGAAGGUUUCCGAGGAGACGAUAUCAGAGAAAAAACAGACAGAAAUCAAGGAACCUGAAACAGAAGCCCAGAAAGCAAAACUUUUGUCAAAGGAAUCUGCAGAAGAAAAGAAACUAGAUGAAAAGCAGAGGAAACAAGCUGAGAAGGAUGCUGAGAAGAAAGCCCAAAAAGCAGAUGUUUCUGAAGUAGUUGCUGAAAAGGUUUCCGAGGAGAAAACAUCAGAGAAAAAAGAGACAGAAAUCAAGGAACCAGACACAGAAGCUCAGAAAGCAAAGCUUUUGACGAAAGAAUCUGCAGGAGACAAGAAACUAGAUGAAAAGCAGAGGAAACAAGCUGAGAAGGAUGCCGAGAAGAAAGCUCAGAAGGCUGAUGUUUCUGAAGUAGUUGCUGAGAAGGUUUCCGAGGAGGCGAUAUCAGAGAAAAAACAGACAGAAAUCAAGGAACCUGAAACAGAAGCCCAGAAAGCAAAACUUUUGUCAAAGGAAUCUGCAGAAGAAAAGGAACUAGAUGAAAAGCAGAGGAAACAAGCUGAGAAGGAUGCUGAAAAGAAAGCUCAAAAAGCAGAUGUUUCAGAAAUAGUUGCUGAGAAGGUCUCUGAGGAGAAUAUUUCAGAGACGAAAAAGCCAGAAGUUAAGGAACUUGAAUUAGAAUCACAGAAGGCGAAGCUUUUGUCGAAAGAAUCUGCAGAAGAAAAGGAACUAGAUGAAAAGCAGAAGAAACAAGCUAAGAAGGAUACUGAGAAGAAAGUCCAGAAAGGGGAAGUUUCUGAAGUGGUUGCUGAAAGGAUUUCUGAGGAGACAAUUUUGGAGAAGAAACAAUCUAAAGUCAAGAAACCUGAAUCAGAAGCACAGAAGGCGAAGCUUUUGUCGAAAGAAUCUCCUGAAGAGAAAGUAAUUGAUAAAAAGCUGAAGAAACAAGCCGAGAAAGAUGCCGAGAUAAAAGCCCAGAAAGCAGAAGUUUCUGAAGUUGUUUCUGAAAAGAUUUCCCAGGAGAAGAUAUCAGAUAAGAACGAAGCAGAAAACAAGGAAGCAGAAACAGAAACUCAGAAAACAAAACUUUUAUCGAAGGAAUCUGCAGAAGAAAAGAAAGUAGACGAAAAUCAGAAGAAACAAGCUAAGAUGGAUGGUGAGAAAAAAACGCAGAAAGCAGAUGUUUCUCAAGUAAUUGCUGAGAAAGUCUCUGAAGAGAAGAUAUCAGAGAAAAACGAGACAGAAAUCAAGGAACCAGAUACAGAAACUCAGAAAGCAAAACUUUUAUCGAAUGAAUCUUCACAAGAAAAGAAACUAGAUGAAAAGCAGAAGAAACAAGCUGAGACGGAUGCUGAGAAGAAAGCCCAGAAAGCAGACGUUUCUGAGGUUGUUGUCGAGAAAGUCUCCGAGAAGAAGAUUUCAGAGAAGAAAGAACCUAGGAAAACAGAUGUAGAGAAAGCGAGUUUCGUGGAGCAAGUAUCUACAAAAGAGAAGAAAAUGGAUGAACAACAAAAGAAACAAGAUGAGCAAAAGAAAGAGUUUUCGGAAGAAAAGAAAGAACAGAAGAGGCAGACUGAAAAGGUAUUAAGUGCGGAGACAAUGGUUGAAGGGGAAAAGAAGCCAGAAGUAAAGAAAAAAGAAUAUGAGAGCAAAAUAGAAAAGGUUUCGAAGAAAGAAUCGGUUGAGAAAAUGCGUCAUGAAAGUGAAGAAUCAGUCCAAUCGCCAAAGCCAAGUGAUUCUCAAGAGGAUGUGAUCAGUAGAGAUGAGACAAUUAUUACACGCUCUGAGGACAGCGUAAGCGUGCGGCAAGCCAAACCUUACAAGUCCUUGGAAUCUGAAUACAAGGAGAGAAAGGAAUCGCGAAGUGCGAAGCGCAAGCCGACUGUAGAUUUGAUGCUUACAAAUCGCAACUCGGCAACAGGAAGUGAUUUGAAGUUAACGUGUGGAAUCUCAGGUCAGGAUAUGAGCGUGCAAUGGUUCAAGCAGAAGGAAGAGAUAGGGAAUGAUGUCAAGUACAGGAUAACCUUGAACGAUGGUCUAGCCUGCCUUGAAAUCAAAUCAACAGAAAUGAACGAUUCUGGCAUUUAUCGAUGCAUAGCGUCUAAUCGAAAUGGAGAGGUCGAAACAAGCUGUCUUGUGACUAUAUACGAAGCACCUUCAACCAAAUUUGGCACUCCGCCAAUAUUUACACGCAACAUUCGAGAGUACUACCACAUGCGCGACGAUGAGUUGACAAUUGAGGGUCAUGUACAUGGUGUACCCCGACCUGUGGUCACUUGGUGGCGUGGCGCCUUCCAGAUUAAGCCCAGCUAUAAGUUCACGAUGCUGGAAGAGGCGCAUGGAGUCUGCAAGUUACUGAUCUACAAGCCCGGCAACAAGGAUAGCGGCAUCUACACGCUCAAGGCGAUCAAUUCUAUUGGCGAGGCGCAGAUUAAUCACACCGUUGAGGUGGCCAAGAAUCUGCACUAUCAUGUGCCAGGCAUCUUCCAUGCUCGCGACAAGAUCCAGCUAGACAGCUUGAAGCAGGCUCGCCUUUCCAUGACUGCCGCUCUCAAGUCUAAGGCGGAAUCCGAUCAGAAGCGUGCUGAGAUUGAGGCCGAACAGCAGCGAGUGGCUGCAGCUGUGGCUGCAGCUCGUGCGCCACCAGAACCAUUGGUGCCUGCCAAGCAGAAGCUAUCGUUUGCCACCCAGUUGCGCGAUCGCAUGGCUCUCGAGGGCACUAGCGUGAAGUUUGUGGCCACUGUCAUUGGUCCGUCGCCUAAUACGCGAUGGAUGAAAGACGACAAGUGGGUGCAAAUGAACGACAACAUUAAGAACCUGUCCGAGGAGGGCAAAGCUAUCAUUCAGAUCGUGAAAGUGUCCGCGGAAGACUCGGGUAUCUACAAGUGUGUGGCCAAGAAUGAUUUGUGCGAGAUUGAGACACAAUGCUACUUCAAAGUGUAUGCCGCGCAAGCUGAUGGCGAUGAAUCCGAGCCCAUCUUUGCCCUGCCAUUGCGAGAUGUGUAUCACUCUUCCCAAAAUGAUUUGAUCAUCGAUACGAAGGUCCGUGGCAAUCCGCGGCCUGAGAUCUCGUGGACGAAAGAUCAAAUACCUGUGGUGCUCGACGAUCGUAUCGUGCAAAUCGAGCACUUGGAUGGCAUUUGCGAAUUGAUCGUGAACAAGCCAACGGAGCACGACAACGGCACCUACGUUUGCACCGCCAAAAACAAAUUGGGCACUCAGUCGACCACUCACACCGUUGUCGUCGAUACCACACACUCUUCUCGUCGCUCAAGCAUUCUAUCAGCAAUGCAGGAAGAUGCAGCAUCCGCAGCUCCAGGUGGCGAAGGCGGUAAAAAGAAGAAGAAGUUGCCUAAAGGCGAUGCCGAUGCCAAUGCCGAGGGAGGCUAUGAACGUCGCAGCCGUAUGCCUGAUCCCUCACCCAAGCAAAUGCUUUACUUCACGGUCAAUCUCUCUAAUCGUUACGUGGCCGAGGGCUCCAAGGUCAAGUUGCAGGCGGUAGUAGGUGGACCAGAGCCCACAAUUAAGUGGACUAAGGAUGAUCAAAAUGUGCAAUAUGGACCGCGUAUACGCAAUAUGAAUCGUGACAGUCUCGCCGUGCUGGAGUUUACCAGUGCAUUGCCAGAAGAUUCGGGCACUUAUACGAUUACAGCGCAGAAUGAGCACUGCAAAAUCACGACAUCGGCUGUGUUGCACGUCUAUCAACCGAAGGUCAACACCGAUGUGCAGCCCGUGUUCAUACGCUCGCUGAAAGAGACCUAUCACCUUAACUCUAAUGAGCUGAUUCUGGAGACUGCGGUGCGUGGUCAGCCAACACCGCAGGUGCAAUGGUUUAAGGACAGCAUAGAGAUACAGAGUGGUGGCCGCUUCCAGCUUAUCGAGCAUCAGGAUGGCACCUGUGAGUUGAUCAUCGAUCGGCCGGACAACAAGGACUCGGGCAAGUAUGUUGUGAAGGCGGAAAGUCGUGCUGGCAAAAUGGAAAUCUCCCAUUAUGUGCUCUUCGAGGGUAAAGCCUCGCACAUUGCGGACAAUAUUCAUGGUGUGUUCCAUGCCGACAAGAGUCUAAUGCGUCCUAAGGAGGUGGAGAAGCCCGCUCCCAAACCAGCUGCUGCUGAGGAGGGUGAAGAGGAAAAGGGAAAACGUCGUGGUCGUAAGAAGGAUGAACCUGAGGAGGAGGCGACUGCAUCAGUCACAGACUAUGCUUCAGACACGGCGAGCAUGUCAAGCAAACGUCGCGAGAAGAACGUUGCCAUACACUUUAGCACAUCGAUGCGAGAUCGUGUGGUCGCCGAGGGAUCCAAGGUGAAGAUAUCCUGCUUCUUAGAGGCGAAGGAGCCACAGGUCAAGUGGUUCAAGGAUGGAGAACAAAUUCAAAACGGUCCCAAGAUGCGCGGACGCUAUAGCGAGGGCUUGUGCCUUCUGGAGAUUAACAGUGCAACCCCCGAGGACAACGGCGAGUACAAGUGCUGGGGACGCGACGAAUCCGGCGAGGCAUCAACAUCGUGUAGGCUCGAGGUCUAUGAAAAUCCUGGCACGGGUGAUGUGCCUCCAACAUUUACGCGUAACAUCAAGGAUACACUGCACGGCAAGAUCAAUGAAUUGCAGUUGGACGUGCAUGUGCGUGGAUUGCCAACGCCAGCGGUAACCUGGUUCAAGGAUGGCGUUAAGAUUGAGAAUAGCGAGAAAUAUCAGCAGGUGGAUCACGAUGAUGGCACCUCGGAGUUGUUUGUCAGCUAUCCCAAGGCUUCCGAUAGCGGCAAAUAUGUUUGCCAAGCUGAGAAUCGUGAGGGUCAAACGGAAAUCGUGCACAUGGUCACCGUGGAGCCACGUGUUCGUGUGCGACCUACGUCACCUCCAAGGGAGGGUAGACCUCCAGCCAAGCCAGCCACCGAAGACGAAGAAGGUGAAGAAGCACCCGCUGAGGGCGAGGAGGCAGUUGAGGGCGGAGAAGGUGCACCAACUGAGAAAAAGAAGCGCAAGAAGAAGGGCGCCGCCCAAGAUGAGGAAAGUGGCGGAUCCAGGCGUGAAGUGCCCCCACCACCAGAUCUAAAGAAGCGCCUAUACUUCCGAAACUUCCUCUCCAAUCGUACCGUAAAAUCGGGUAGUAAUGUAAAAUGGAUGGUUAACAUCGAUGGACCCGAGCCCACAGCCAAGUGGUUCCAUGGUGAUCAACCUAUUGCCUUUGGGCCCAAGAGCAAGAUGUCUAUGCAGGAUGGCAUUGCCUGGCUCAAUCUAGUAGGUGUUACGGAGGAAGAGGCUGGCGAGUAUACACUUCGCGUGAGGGGACUUGAGAAUGAGAUCGUUAGCACUUGUAAUCUGUUCGUUUACAGUACGGGUAAAGCUGAGGUUAUCACUCCCACUUUCACAGUGGGCAUCAAAGACACGUAUUCUCUUAAUGAGAAUGAGUUGGUUCUGGAUUGUCGCGUGCGUGGUCAACCACGUCCUGAGAUAGAAUGGAUGAAGGGCAAUGACAUCAUCUCCAACGAUGCCAAGUAUCAACAGAUCGAUCAGGCCGAUGGCUACUCCAAGCUCAUUAUACGCAAUCCAACGGAGAAAGAUUCAGGCAUUUAUGCCUGUGUGGCCACCAAUGAAGGUGCCAAGAAUAAGAUGACCCAUCAGGUGGACUUUAAGGGUCGCGAGAAAUUCACGCAAGAGAAGACGCACGGUUUCUUCCAUCGCGAUCCCAACAAGCCCCACUUCCUUGCCCCGCUGGGUAAUCAAACUGUUUGCAAUGGCGGCACCGUUGCCAUCUCGGCAGAGUUUAUGCAGUCCAGCACACCCAUUGAGGUGAAAUGGAUUCGCAAUCGCCGAACUGUCGAUGGUCCCAAUGUGACAACACUCAAUGACCGCGGCGUAUAUACGCUGGCCAUCACGAAUGCUGGAGCCGAGCACGAGGGCACCUACACUUGUCUCGCCUCGAAUGCGUUUGGACGCAUUGAAUCCCAUGUGAAUAUCGAUGUCGCUGUUGGCGCAGAGAAGAACGAGCGUCCGCCAUUGUUCCUGUCGAGACCCGAAACCGAAAUGAAGAUUGCUGUUGGCGAUCCUUUCUCGCUCUCCUUCCGUAUUGCGGGCGAUCCCAAGCCAAAGUUGGUGUUCAUGAAGGGCACCAAGGACAUUACACAGUCGGAUCGUGUGAGCAAAGAGGUAUCCGAUGACUACACCAGAUUCACAGUGCAAAAGUCGCAGAUCUCCGACUCCGGCACCUAUUUCGUUGUUGCUCGCAACGACUUUGGAACGGACAGAAUAUUCGUUACCAUUACGGUCAACCCACGCGCUCGCUCUGAAACUCCAACGCAACCACGCUGGGGCCAACCCCUGGACAGUUUCAGCGAGACUUCGUAUUUCCGAGAUCCACCUGGCUGCAUCUCAACGGAACCUCUUGUGGUGGACUCGGGCCCUACGCACAUAUCACUGUCUUGGGGCAAGCCCGUCAGUGCGAACUCCGCACCUGUGAUUGCCUACAAGGUGGAGGCUUGGAUUGUGGGCCACGAAGGCGGCGCCUAUUGGCGUGAGUUCGGCCUCACGCCUAUCAACUCAUUUGACGCCUUCAAUCUGAAGCCCAACGUAGAGUAUCAUUUCCGCGUGACGCCCAAGAAUCGCUAUGGUUGGGGUCCCGCAGUCCAGACCAGUUCUGCACUGCAAGUAGGCGGUGUCGAGUGUCUGCCAGAGUUUGUCAAGAUACUGCCGGGUCAGGUAAAGGCGUUGCUGGGCUCCUCGUUCACUCUGCAGUGCAAUAUGCGGGGCGCACCACGUCCCCAGAUCACCUGGUACAAGGAUGGUAUUCAACUGAGCAGCAGUUCCGAUCGCGUUAAGAUACGACAGAUUGGCUCCACUUGUGCCCUGACCAUUGCCACUGUCGUCGAGCUGGAUUCGGGACGCUACACCUGCGAAGCAACCAAUUCAAAGGGACGGGUUUCCACCUUUGCUCGUCUACAGGUCGUCUCUGAUCCCAGACUAUACGAAGCAGACUCGCGUCUAAAGGAAAUCGCACACGGACGCCAUCCAGCUGAACUAGGCGAAUCCCUACCCAUCUUCACUAUGCGCUUGAGGGAUCGUCGUGUGCAGGUCACGUAUCCGGUGCGUCUUACCUGCCAGAUCGUUGGCUAUCCCACGCCAGAGAUACUGUGGUACAAGGACGGCCAACUCAUUGUGAGCGACAGAAGGCAUCUGAUCACUGCUGAGGGACAGUUCUUUACGCUGGAAAUUGCAGCCACCACACUAGACGACAGCGGAGAUUACACAUGCACAGCCAAAAACGACCUGGGUUCCGUCUCGUGCCACAGCGUUCUAGUGGUAGACAAAGGCAUCAGAGCUUACAUUUCUCCAGACUUUUAUGUGCCACUCGACCCAUUCUAUGUGUUCCGCGAGGGCAGCGAAAUUCGUCUGUCCACCAAAGUCGAAGCCUAUCCAUCUGUGGGUGUCACCUGGCAUCGCAAUGGCAUGCGACUACGUCCCAGCCGUCGUAUAUCUGCCACGCUUGACUCCACCGGUUUUGUGGAGCUGAUUAUUGCCGAGGCAACGCCACGCGAUGCGGGCAUUUAUGUGUGUGUCGCCUCCAAUGUGGUGGGCAAGGUGGAGACCAUUUGCCGUGUGGCAAUCGAGGAGAAUGACACAGUUUCCACACCGUCCCGCUCACUCGAAAUACCCAGUAUCAAGACAAACGAUAUGCCGUACUCCAAGGAACCGCUGUUCGUUGUUAAACCACGCUCCAGUGAGGCCUACGAGGGCGACAAUGUCGUCAUCUUCUGCGAAGUUGUCGGCGAUCCCAAGCCCGAAGUUGUUUGGCUGCGUGAUUUUCUCAAUCCGGAAUAUUACAAGGACGCUCCGCAUUUUCGACGCAUUGGCGACGGACCGGAGUAUCGCUUGGAGAUACCCAGCGCCAAAUUGGACUUUACCGGCACAUAUUCGGUUAUUGCCAGCAAUUGUCAUGGCGAGACCAAGGCUGUAAUCUCACUUCAAAUCUUCGCCAAAGAUAUACUUAAAGAAAAUCGCAUGGACAAGGUUCAUACACGACAUGGCAAUAUUGAAACCUUGCCGCGCUUCGUGCGUAACCUGCGCAAUCUUCGCUGCUGUGACGGAGACGCCAUAUCACUGGAGUGUCAUGUGGAAGCCAUGCCGGAGCCGUAUAUAAUAUGGGAAAAGGAUGGUCACGUCAUACCCAGCGACAGAGACUUCGUAAUGUCAUACGACGGUAUUAAGGCCACAUUAAGUAUACCACGCGUGUACCCCGAGGAUGAGGGUGAAUACACUUGUGUGGCCAAGAACUCGGUGGGCCGCACACUAUCGUCCGCCUGCAUCAUUGUUGAUGUGCCGGAGGAGAAGGAGAAUAUGCUAAGUCGACAGCUGGCACGUCCAAGUGCCUUGCUCUCGGCCCAUUCAACGCCACGUUCCACGCCCCGCUCGACACCAAACCGAAGCUUUUCACCAAUGCGACUUUCCUACCGCAACAGCAGCAUUGAUCUGACCAUGGGAUCUGUGGAACGCCGGCGCAGCGAUGCACGCUGCAUAACGGCGCCCAAAUUCCUAGCCAUUCCUUACAAUCGUGUCGUUGAGGAAGGCGACAGUGUGCGCUUCCAGUGCGCUAUUGCUGGAUAUCCGUCGCCAUGGGCUACCUGGGAUAAGGAUGGCCUGAUUGUGACACCAACGCCACGCAUUCAUGUUAAGGAAGUGGACGAUCUGCGUUUCAUUGAAAUCGAUGAAGUGGGCUUUGAUGAUGCUGGUCUCUAUCGCAUCACGUUGGAGAACGACUUUGGGCGCAUUGAGGCCACGGCUCGCCUGGACGUGAUCAGCAGUUCCCGCUACUCAAAGUCGCCCUCGGCGAGAAGUGUGCGCGCUUCCUCCUCUCGACGUAAUGCCUAUUUGUACAGACGUAUCAUGGGACCAUCUACAGCUAUUGGCGGUCGCAUGGCGUUAGCAAGCGGCUUCCGCGGCUCGUCGGUGCCCUCAGUGCGGUUCUAUCACAAUAACAUUGAGCUGGAACCCUCGGACCGUGUGCACAUUGUGCUGCAGGAGGAAGAGGCAAUGCUGUUUGUGGACAAUGUAACCAUUGCGGAUGAGGGCAAUUACACCUGCAUUAUCAGUGGCAAUCACGAUCCCUUGGUUAGCUCCAUCGAUGUGAAGUUCCAUGAAUCAAGUAUUGAUAUUCAACGUCAACCGGCCAGCAUUGUGGAGCAUUUGCCCGAGCUCACACAGUCUGUGGAGGGCGAGGUGAUCGAUCUCUGCUGUACGAUCAAUAGUAGCGAACCUUAUAGUUAUGUCUGGUUGCGCAAUGGCGAAAUUCUGCCCGACAGCGAGGAGUUCAACUACAUCGAUCAUGACAAUGGCUGUCUCUGUCUGCGCAUCAACGAUGUCUUUGACAUUGACUCGGGAAUCUACAGCUGUCAGGUGUACACGUCCCAUACUGAUGAUGAUGAUCAUGAUCAUGAUGAUGAUGAUGACACCGGCUGUGACUUUGACUGUCGCAGCAGCGGAGAGCUGUGUGUGCUCGAGCGAGAUCUCUCUCGGACCGAUGAAAGCAUUCAGCUGCUCAAAUCACCGCUGCCCGUGGUUUGUGCGUCAGGAGCGGAAGCUCUUUUCUAUGCGCGUGUUUACCCCUGCGAAGCGGACGCCGAAUGGUAUCUCAAUGGAAAACUCAUCGAGGAUGACUCACAAAACAUGACGUUGGAGUCAUAUCCAGAGAACGGCAUUCGCCUGUUGCGCCUGCGAAACGUGCAAUUGGCGCAAAGCGGCGAACUGCGCCUACAAGUGAAGCAUCAUCCCCAUCUCGCUGAGAGACGUGCCCCCACUUUGCGCAGCUAUACCUCACUUCUAGUGCUACCCAUCAGCAAUCCUAAGCAACAGACGAAGAACAAUAACAUCUUACCACUGGCUGGCAAUAAUAGCUGCAUUCUGCGUGGGCCACAGGAUUGCACCGCAUUAAUUGGCGGCCAUGUGCAGCUGAGCGUGCAGUUCGAGGCAUUCCCCAACACACAAGUCACCUGGUACAAGGCGUGUCAUGCCAUCGUUGAGGGCGCCAAUGUGAGCAUAGAGACAACAGCGGAACAAUCGACGCUUUACAUAAGCGACAUCUCGGCCGAUGACAGUGGCAAGUACACGGCGGAAGUCAUGAACGAUUACAGCGUGGAGGCAGCCGCCGCUUCUGUGGCCGUCGAGGGACCCCCGGAGCCGCCCAGUGGUCAGCCCAGCGUAUCGCUUGGACCCGAUCGUGUAGCUGUGGCCUGGUGUGGACCGCCCUACGAUGGCGGCUGUAUGAUCACGGGCUUUAUCAUUGAGAAGCAGGAGAUUAAUCCUACGGACUGUGAUAAGGACUGGCAGCAGGUGGCGCGUGUCGUGGACACUUUGGCCUACACCGUCAAGGAUCUGCAGCCACAAUUGCAGUACAGAUUUCGUGUGCGUGCAGAGAACAUACAUGGACGAAGUGCACCUAGCCAAGUCAGCGAGCUGGUGCAGAUUACGCGUCCAGCAGCCAGUGCAGCAAAUACAGACACAGAAACCACAAGUGCGCUGAGCAGCAUUAGCGUGCAAUCUGGCGGCGAUUUCAAGUCACGCUUCGAAAUCAUCGAAGAGCUGGGCAAGGGACGCUUUGGUGUGGUCUACAAGGUGCUGGAACGUGCACAGCCCGAACAGCAGCUGGCCGCCAAGGUGAUCAAGUGCAUCAAGUCGCGCGAUCGUCAAAAAGUACUCGAGGAGAUUUCUAUCAUGCGUUCGCUACAGCAUCCCAAGCUACUGCAACUGGCAGCAUCCUUUGAGAGCGCACGAGAAAUUGUCAUGGUCAUGGAAUAUAUUACCGGAGGCGAGCUCUUUGAGCGCGUGGUUGCCGAUGACUUUACGCUGACGGAGCUGGACUGCAUUUUGUUUUUGCGACAGGUGUGCGAAGGCGUUGCCUACAUGCACAGCCAGAGCGUGGUGCACUUGGAUCUGAAGCCGGAGAAUAUUAUGUGCCACACGCGCACAAGCCAUCAAAUCAAGAUCAUUGACUUUGGUCUCGCCCAGCGACUGGACACCAAAGCACCGGUGCGUGUGCUCUUCGGCACACCGGAGUUCAUACCGCCGGAGAUCAUUAGCUACGAACCCAUCGACUUCAAGUCGGACAUGUGGAGUGUGGGCGUCAUCUGCUACGUGCUCCUCUCGGGUUUAUCGCCCUUCAUGGGCGACACGGAUGUGGAAACCUUCUCGAAUAUUACUCGCGCUGAUUACGACUUCGACGACGAGGCCUUCGACUGCGUCUCACAGGAGGCCAAGGACUUUAUCUCGCAGCUGCUUGUGCACCGCAAGGAGCAGCGUCUGACUGCCCAGCAGUGCCUGGAGUCCAAGUGGUUGUGUCAGCGCCACGACGAGAAUCUCAGCAACAACAAGAUCUGCACGGACAAGCUCAAGAAGUUCAUCAUACGCCGCAAGUGGCAGAAAACUGGCAAUGCUAUACGCGCUCUGGGCCGCAUGGCCACGUUGUCGGCAUCGCGUCGCAACUCUGCGAUUGCCAUGGGCGCCUGCAAUAGUCCGCGUCCCUCCAUCUCAGGGCUGGGGAUGCUGGCCACCGCGAAUGUAAGCAACCCACAGCAGAUGGCUUCGCUGAACGAGGAGGAGGACGAUUUCAGCGUCGAGUUGCCGCACUCCGCAGUGGACAAACGCAAGUCGGCGAAUGUUCUUAAACUGCGCGACAAAUCGCAGUGCAGCGAACGCAGCGAUUCCGGUUAUAGUGAAUGCUCUAAUGGAAGCCUAGGUGCACAGGAGACCCUCCUCCUGACGCUGGCAAAGAGCAAGCUCGAGCAGAUUGCCAAGGCAAACAACGAGCACACAGAUCCAGCGACGAAUACGCUGCCAGGCAAUGUGCCCGCAUUGGAAUUACCAGCCAAGGGUGAACCUAUCAUGCUGUCCGACUUUACGAACACGAUCAAGAUGCGCAAGAAAUCGCUGGAGGAUAGCUGUGCACGCGAAAAGCUGAAGCCGCAUGGCAAGCUCAUGUGCGAAUCAAAGUUGAAGGUAUCGCAGCUGAAGCAUCGCUUCCAGCAAUCGAGUGCAGCUGCUGCAUCCGGCAAACCACCACCAGCUGCUACUGCUGCUGCCUUGAGCAACAAGGUUGCCAAGGUUGCGAGUGUGGGACACAUUAGUAAACUGUCAACUGUCGCCACUAAAGCGCGACCAACACAAACCCAAUCGAUGCCCAGUUCACCGCUGCCCCAACGCGCUGCAACGCCAACGCGGCUGAGCAGUCGCGUCCGCGAGACAACCGAGCGUCUUGCCCAACAGCACACGGUGUCCAGCGCACAGCGGCACAGCAGUGGAAAUGGCAAUGGAAAUGGGAAGGGAACAAAUCACGAGUCACGUGCGCGGCAUCUCAUCAAUCGAUUCAACGAAACGAAACAUAUCACGUCCUAGCUGUCGAAUGAUUUCUUCUUGAUGCAAGCUCUACGUUCUUUUCUUUUAUUGUUAAAAAAAAAAUAUUACGAUUAUAUGUUAUCAUUAUUGAAAAUGUGUACAAUGUGUUGGAGAAGCACAGCAAAAAGCCCUAGUACGAAACUCACUCUCGAAUAUCAAUAUUGUAUCUCUUAAAUACUACAUGCAUCCACUAGAUGAAUGCGAACUAAUUGUAAUUGUUAUGCAAAUCCGAAUCCGAAUCCAAAAUGCAAAAUGCAACCACGUACAUACAGCACACAAUGGCACUUAGGCUAGACGAAGGCUACAAUAUUUAAAUUAUUUGUAUCGAUUUAAUAUAUAAUAUAUAUUAUAUGCAUAACUAUUUACCAUA